AUGGCUUCCCACUUUCGCGACUGCGCGGGAUCGCUACACAGACUGCAGACGCUGAGACCUGAAAGCGAUGGUUGUGGGCUGGCGAUUGGUCGUGCCUUUGCCAUUGAAAACUUGGCCGGGUUUCCACAGCUGUCACUGAAGCUUGAACGGCACCACGAUGCUUUCAAUGUUGUGUGA